AUGACGGAUCGCAUGUGCCUGAGUUCUGAGGCGCCACACGUGGAAGGGGAGCGGACCAAGGAGCAAGCUGAUGUGUUGGUUGUGUUCCUGCGCGUGGGCCCUCAUUGGACAAUGCCGUGCUUUUUGGCUAUCAAGGUCCGCCAAACCAUGUGUCGUUGCUCCGAAAGUCUGCUGCUGCUGAGUCCACCCUCAACCCCCGGGGGCGCCGAGAUAUGUGACGACUUCGCAUUUGACUGCGUGGGGAACGCAUAUGUCGCCGUGCACUCAUCCUCGGUGUUCAAGAUCACACCCGACGGCAAGCAGGUCGUCCAGGUGUGGUUGUAG